GCCAUGGCCAGUGAACCGGUCAUCCUCAACGUGUAUGAUAUGUACUGGAUAAAUGAGUACACCUCCAAUCUGGGAAUUGGAGUCUUUCACUCAGGCAUCGAGAUUUAUGGCCGAGAGUUUGCAUACGGGGGCCACCCGUAUCCUUUCAGCGGAAUCUUUGAAAUCAAUCCGGGAAAUGCAGCCGAGUUGGGAGAGACCUUCAAAUUCAAAGAGGCCAUCGUGUUGGGCACCACUGACUUCGCAGAGGAGGACAUGGACAAGAUCAUGGAAGAGCUCGGCAAGGAGUUCAAAGGCAACGCUUACCACCUCAUGCACAAGAACUGCAACCACUUCUCCUCCUCUCUCUCCGAGCUGCUGUGCGGCCGUGAGAUCCCGCGCUGGGUCAACCGUCUGGCCUACUUCAGCUCUUGCAUCCCCUUUCUGCAGAGCUGCCUGCCCAAAGAGUGGCUGACGCCGGCUGCCCUGCAGAGCCACAUAAGUCAGGGUCUCCAUAAGGACGAACGCCACCGCCGAUCCAGCGACGAUGACGACCGACCGUCGCCGCCCUCGUCAUCCGGGGCCGCUGGAUCUUCCUCUUCCUCCUCCUCGCACAGCUGCCGCCACACCAGAGUGUGA